ACAGGCGGAAGUGACUCAGGGGUCCUUUUCCGUUCACGACGUAGCUUUUCAACCCGGAAGUUGAAUUCGUUCGGUCUGUUAGAUUCAUUCCGUUUGUGUUUGUUCAGUUCAAGUGGAAACAUGCUGUCUAUAUUCAAGUCAAUUCCCACGCACAUGGAUUAUAAAGGUCAGAAGCUGGCUGAACAGAUUUUCCAGGGAAUAAUCCUCAUCUCAGCGGUGAUUGGGUUUGUGUACGGACUGAUCAUCGAACAGUUUGGGUGGACGGUGUACAUAGUCAUGGCUGGAUUUGCCAUCUCUUGCGUGUUGACCCUGCCUCCAUGGCCCAUGUACAGGAAGAAUCCUCUAUCCUGGCAGCCAAUUAUACCAGACCGUGAGACCGAGAGCAGCCAAAAACCUCAGGAAAGCAUCAAGAAGAAGAAGCACAAAUAACUCAGAAACCGUCCCAAUCUGGCUGUUAAUACGUCUUUUUUAUAAUGGAAAUUACUCCCACUUGCCGAAACAUUGGGUACACUGGUGAAACAGAAUUCAUUCUAAUAUAACAGUCUUGCACUAAAUCCCCCAUCAUGACGGUUCUAGCGUUCGGUUUAAGUUGAAACCGCAUCAGAAAGGUGGUGAUUCAACUGUAUGGUCAUUUUGGAGGAAGUUAAAGCUAAAAAGCUGAAGCUAAUAUAUAUAUAUAUAUAUAUAUAUAUGGUGCAGGUCUUUUAUAGAAGAAUGCAUUUGUGUUCACUAGUGUAGCUAAUGAACAGGAUAGUGGGUGUAUGUUACAGUUUGUCUCACAUUUCUAGCAUUUAGCAAAAACAAAUUGUUAGUGUUUGUCAGUCAAAUAAUAAAGAUCUCUCUGUUUCACAA